AUGACAUCAGAAUUCCAUGUAACUCCACUUACUACUACUACUACAACGUCGUCCAUUGCUCAGAAGAAGCCAUCGCCGUCACUAACGACGCCUUUAAUUGUCGGUGACAUUGAUGAUGCAGUCAAGGUGGUAUCCGCAUCAUCAGCAAAACUGGGAUUACAUCAUCAAGUCAAUACAUCUGUAGAAGAGACAUAUCGAUUGUUCAACGAUGAAAAAUCGAAAGUUCAUGAUAUAUCAAUAAAAUUAACAAAACGAAAACAAUUACAUAUUAAACGCCGUUUUAUUAGUGAUAUAAUGUGUGUUAUUAGUAUAUUAAGUAUUAUAUUAAUGGUUAUUGAAAAUGAAAUACAAUUUUAUGUUAGUUCCAUUGCUACUGCAGCAAAUAGAAUUCAUAGAGAACCAAUUGUAACAAUAAUAUUUAAAUCGUGUAUAACAUUAUCCACUGUGAUGCUUCUCGGUCUAAUUAUUUAUUAUCAUCGUAUAAACUUAAAUAUUUAUUGUUUAGAUCGUUCAACACCAAAUAAUUGGCGUUUAUCAUUUAGAGAAAAGCAUCUAUUAAGUGUUAUAUUAGAAUUAUUUAUAUGUUUAAUUCAUCCCGUACCUGGCGUUAGUCGUUUUUCAAUAAAUGAAAACAAUGGUGCUACUGGUUCCAAAUCUUAUUCACCAACUGAUGUUCUACUAUCAUUACCAAUAUUUUUACGUUGCUAUUUAAUUUAUCGUUGUAUUAUCUUACAUUCAAGUUUAGUAGUAGAUGCAUCAUCACAAUCAAUUGGUUAUUUAAAUCGUGUAAAAUUUAAUGCUGAAUUUAUUAGUAAAUCAUAUAUUAAAGAACGACCAGUAUUAUUUCUGUUUACUGUUUCAAUCAUUUGUUUUCUUAUUGGCUCAUGGUCAUUAAGGGCUUGUGAAUACAAUAAUGAGACGGGACAUAUGAAACUGACAAAUGCAAUGUAUCUAUAUGUUAUUACAUUUAUUACCAUUGGUUACGGUGAUAUUACACCCCAAACACAUGGUGGAAGAGUUAUUGUUGUAUUAAUUGGUCUAUCUGGUGUAUUUUCAACUGCAUUAAUCUUUGGUAUUAUAAUACAAAAAUUAGAAUUAAAUCGUAGCCAAACAGCUGUACAUAAAUUUAUAGCAUUAAUUGGGUUAUCUAAAGAACGUAAACAUCAAUCAGCAAAUAUUAUAAAAUUUGCUGUAAAGUUAUGGCAUUUAAGAUAUAUUCGUCGACGAAGUGAUGAUCGGAAUACUGGUCGGAAUACAAAUACAUUAUAUCGAAAACUAUGGGAAUCAAUAUAUUUAGUACGAAAGAUUAAACGCGAACAACGUGAAUUGAGUGGUAGUGACACAACAACAACAGCACUAUUUGACUUAUUAAAUUUACAAACAAUGGCAAAUACAACUGCGAAAAGUGUAACAAAUAAAGUUUUUUCUAUAGAACGAAAAGUCAAUGGUAUUGAGGAGAAAUUAGAUAGAAUUAUUGAACAGAUGCAUAUGCAACAAUUAGUAAUACAAACUAAAAAUUAA